AUGGCGGACAUGGACAACAAAGGCCAACUCGACUAUUCGAGUUGGAGUAACGCCAGCCUUAUUGCGCGCAUCACAGAUUUAGAGCGCCAACUUCACUCUCGGACAACAGAGUUCACAGCGCCGGUCGAAGGCCCGUCGCAGGCACCCCGCCCCCCUCCCGCGCCAAUCUCUACCGACGUCCACGAACCUGCGAUUGAACUCUCCGAGUCCUGCAAGAACCCUAAGAAGCGGCCGCACUCUCCUCCAGAGGGCGACAUCACCCAAGUGCCUGGGCCAGCACGGUUUAUCAAAGCCACACAGCCUGCCAAGCUCGAUCGUACUUUUGACCCCUCUAAAUACUCGACGCGGUUCAUUGCGCUCAAGUUCGCAUACCUGGGUCAGGCAUAUAAUGGACUCGAGCAUACAAAUGGCAAUACCACGCCCCUGCCUACGGUUGAAGAAAUAAUGUGGAAGGCAUUGCGGCGUACUCGGCUCAUCUUUCCAGAGACUACGUCUGAUCUUGAGCCAACCGAGCGCGGGGAGCGAGUCCCUAUGCGCCCAUAUCACCUUUACUGGGAUGGAUGUGACUACUCAAAAGCAGGCCGUACAGAUAGGGGCGUGAGCGCCUUUGGACAGGUUAUUGGGCUGAGGGUUCGCAGCCAACGGCCCAAGCCCAAGCCCCCAGUUGAAGGCGAGGACGCCAUGAACAUUGACUCAGGAUCUACUGAAAAGGCGUGGGACGAUGUAGCUGAUGAAAUGGACUACAUCAGUGUUUUGAACAGAGUGCUCCCGGAAGACAUCAGGGUUUUGGCGUGGUGUCCUAAUCCACCACCUGGUUUCGAUGCCCGCUUCUCCUGCCGCGAGCGUCGCUAUAGAUACUUCUUCACCAACCCUGCGUUCUCCCCAACUCCCGGGCCUAUUGGCUUUGAGAACCGUGCACAGAAUGGCAAGGGACCACGUGCUGAGUUCCGCGAGGGCUGGCUCGAUAUUGAAGCUAUGCGCGAGGCGGCCAAACAUUUCGAGGGUACACACGAUUUCCGGAACUUCUGCAAGCUCGACACCAACAAGCAGAUUGAUAAUUUUGAACGCAUUAUUCAUCAUUCUAGUAUUCAGGCCGUCAAUCCCAAGACCAACCCUGUGGGCUAUGUUGGCCGAGCUGGCUUCCAAGCCAAGGAAGGUUCUGUCCCUGAAUCUGAUUUGACAACUCCUGGCACAUUGUCCCAAAGCAUUCCUCAGGUCUACUCCUUCGACCUCCAUGGUUCUGCCUUUUUGUGGCACCAGGUGCGACACAUGGUUGCGAUCCUGUUCUUAGUCGGACAGGGGUUCGAGUCCCCAUCUAUUGUUCCUGAACUGCUAGAUAUUGCCAAGAACCCACGGAAGCCCACAUAUGCCAUGGCCGAUGACGCUCCUCUGGUCCUUUGGGACUGCAUUUUCCCGGAGCCAGAUUCUGGUAGCCGUCUUGAUUCCUUGAACUGGAUUUAUGCCGGUGACAAGAAGGCAAGUGCCAAGGGCGAUAGCAAAUUCGGAAUGCGUGGAACUGUUGAACAAUUGUGGACAGUCUGGAGACAACGCAAGAUCGACGAGAUUCUAGCAGGUGCCUUGCUAGAUUUGACUGUCAGUCAGGGUGAUCAGAGUGUGGAAGGCAUUAACGGUCACCAUUUGAUCUCUGGAUUGUCUAAGAGAUCAAACAGAGGCGCCAAAGUCUGGCAAGGUGGUGAUAGUACCGUUGUUGGUGGGAAAUAUGUCCGUGUGGAUGAGAAGUCCAAGAUGGAGACCGUGGAAGUCCAAAAUGCCAAAGGACUUGUCACAAAACAGCGAAGGCUGGCAAAGAUUGAGGCUGCAAAGGCAUCACUCUUAUAA